AUGAACCGCAGAUCUAACAUCGUCCACAGAGACGGUGUGUACGAGCUCUUCGUCGACUCAAAGCCUUUCCUCAUCUUGGGAGGCCAGCUGGCAGCUUCGUCCACCAGUUCCGCCGCUUACAUCUCCCGUUUUUGGGAGAAGCUUCGUGACACCGGCGCCAACACGAUCUUCGCGCCCGUCACGUGGGGAGUCAUUGAACCCGUCGAGGCGUCCUACGAUUUCUCAGCUCUCGACGCCCUCAUCGCCCAGUCGAACGCCAAUGGACUGCGUGUGGUGAUCCAAUGGUUUGGAUCGCUGAAGGGAGACUCAACGGAUAAUCUGUCUGACCACGCCCCCUCGUGGAUCAAGCUUGAUUCCAACCGCUUCCCGCGCGCCAAGAUCCGCGACGAGGUGGUCGACGACGACGGAGAGGUCAUCGGCCAGACCACGCGCACCAUCGACGCCGUUUCAAUCUUCAACCCGGAGCUCGCCCGGGUCGAGCAGCGAGCGGUCGCCGCUUUGGCGAACCACGUCCGAAAGGUUGACCUGAAGAACACCAUCAUUAUGGUUCAACUUUCUGGCUGUGUUGGCCUUACCAGGGACACCCGGGACUGCAGUCCCCGAGCAACCGCUGCGUUCGACGCAGACGUCCCCCGGGAUAUGGUUGCUCACUUUCGGGGACUGGGCUCGGCCAUGGCAGCCAACGAACGAGUGGCCUGGGACCAACUGGCACUGGAUGUCGAGGCUGCCGAGAGUCUUUUUUCAGCCUACCACUUCGCCAAUUACAUUAACGGCCUGGCAAUCAUGGUCAAGAAGGCCAUCAGCGUUCCUGUUUUUACCACAGUGCCAGUCAAGCGCGUUCUCCAUGGCGCCCCUCAAACCACCGGAACCGUGGCUGUUUGGAAGACGUUCGCGUCACACAUUGACUUUUGGGCUCCUAAUGCCAGUGACGCCCCUUACCACGACGUUUGUCAGACUGCGGCGGACAACAAGCACCCUCUGCUGGUCGUCGACCAUCCCCGAAGCCAGGGCCGAGCGGAAGAUAUGUGGACUGCUUUCGGCAGCUACGGCGCCAUUGGUGUCGUUAUCAAGGAUCUGGAGAAGAUCGCUUCCGCGCCGUCGCAAGUCCCGAAGUCAUUCAAGGUCAUUCGCGACAUCUCGCCCAUCCUUCUCGACGCUCGGUCUGCCCACCGCAAGACCAUCGGCUUCAACCUGAGCCCCGCCAACAUCUCGGGCCUCAACGCAAAGGCGUCCGUAACCACUGCCCUGUACAGCCUCCAGAUCACCAUCGAGCGUCUCGGAGAUGGGUUUCACGGCGGCGGCUGUGGCUUGCUGAUCGAGCAGCCCAGAUCCAAGAUCCUUCUCAUCGGCUACGGCUUUCAGGCCAAGGCGAAGUCUGUCUCUCCUCGCGAGCUAUUCACCCGAGUCCUAGAAUUCAUUAAGCAUGAAGUCGAGGCCGAUGGCAGCGGCACCUUGCGCCCUCUUCGUCACUUCUGUGGUGAAGAGACACACGGCGGCCGUGCUGCACGCAUGCCCACCGUCGAGCCGAUGAUCGCGCAGGUGCAGUUUUAUACCCUCAUGGAGUGA